UGCCUCAUGGCCUUCACACUCCAUUUAAGCAUCCUCCUUCUGCUAUCUUUCGUCUCAAAACCCCUCCAUUGCUUCUCUUCUUUUUGUCUUAAUUAUAGCCCUUUCCUCCUCUUGGGUCUCUAUCAAUCGUUCAGAUUUCGCCAUGCAACUCAUAAAAAAACUCAGCCCGAAACGAUGGUUCAGCUCCAAAAAAGACCGAUCCAUGCUAUCAAGAUCAGAACCAUCGUCGUUUAGCUCAGGUACCGCCUCCUCCGAUGCCUCCGAUUCCUCCGUCUCUAACGUCAAGGCCAAUUCCGCUGCAGCCAACGCUGGUUUUCGGACUCCUACUAGUGUUUUGCCUCAAAUAUCGGGUGACUUGUCCGAUAUGUCGACCGAUUUUUAUUUCGAGUUGACCCAGGCUUUCAAAGUAAUUGACAGAGAUAACGACGGCCUUGUCUCAAGAAACGAGCUGGAGGCUCUUCUUACCCGGCUUGGGGCCGAGCCGCCCAGCAGCGAGGAGAUGGCCGUUAUGUUAGGUGAGGUGGACCAUAUUAGUGUCGAGGUACUUGCGAGUCGUCUCGGGUCGGCUUGCGAGCCGGCUGGGGGUGACGAGCUGAGAGACGCCUUUGUGUUUUUUGAUUCGGAUCGUGACGGAAAGAUAACGGCAGAGGAAUUAUUAAAUGUUUACAAGGCGUUUGGCGACGAAAAGUGCACGUUAGAGGAUUGCAAGGGUAUGAUAGCAGUGGUUGAUAAGAACGGAGACGGGUUUGUGUGCUUUGAGGACUUUUGCCGUAUGAUGGAACUGCAGAGAUGAUCAUGAUUAUAAAUUACGUGAUGAUUGUCUGUCGCUCUUGAAAAAAUGUCCUUUUUUUUUCUUUUUCUUUUUCUUUUUUUCCUCUUUGGGUCUUAUUUUCUUAACUUGGAAGUGUUUGCUGGAUUGUGUGGGGUUAGUUAGGGAAAUGAGAUCACAGAAGAGAUCACAGAAGAAGGAUCAUCCAAUCGAACGGUUGUGGUUGGUUGAUCUUGCUGAGAAAAUUGUAUUUCCCUCAAUCGUAUAUAGGAGAAAAAAGAAUUCCUAUCA